AUGGCGGCCGCUACCGAGCAUAAGCUGCCCAUCGAUCCCAAGUACGAUCACUACGAGUUCCCGACCACCGCGCCGGAGCCGCAGAAUGGCCACCCCGGCCACACCACCCCCGAGCAGGAUGCGCAGGUGCACCAGCUGCGGACACUGCUUGAGCAGAUGGGCUAUACGGAACGAUUGGACACGUUGACCCUCCUGCGGUUCCUGCGCGCCCGCAAGUUCGAUGUUGAGGCGGCCAAGGCCAUGUUCGUGAACUGCGAGAAGUGGCGCAAGGAUUUUGGCACAGAUGACCUGCCUCGCACUUUCGAAUACCCUGAGAAGGCCGAUGUGUUCAAGUUCUACCCUCAAUACUAUCACAAGACGGACAAGGAUGGCCGCCCCGUCUACAUCGAGAAGCUAGGCAAGAUUGACCUCAAUGCCAUGUACAAGAUCACCACCGGCGAGCGCAUGCUGCAGAACCUGGUCACUGAGUAUGAGAAGCUGGCGGACCCGCGCCUGCCUGCCUGCUCUCGCAAGGCCGGCAAGUUGCUCGAGACCUGCUGCACCAUCAUGGACCUGAAGGGCGUCGGCGUCACCAGCAUCCCCUCCGUCUACGGCUACGUGCGCCAGGCCUCCGAGAUCUCGCAGAACUACUACCCCGAACGCCUGGGCAAGCUGUACCUCAUCAACGCCCCCUGGGGAUUCAGCAGCGUGUUCUCCGUCGUCAAGGGCUUCCUCGACCCCGUCACCGUCAACAAGAUCCACGUCCUCGGCUCCGGUUACCAGAAGGAGUUGCUCGCUCAGGUCCCCGCCGAGAACCUUCCUGUUGAGUUCGGUGGUUCGUGCACGUGCGAGGGCGGCUGCGAGCUGUCCGAUAUGGGCCCCUGGCAGGAGUCUGAGUGGGCGCGCCCGCCCGCCUGGGCCACCGCCCCCAAGAAGGAGGCCGAGGAGGCCGUUAUCCAGAACGAGGACCCCGGCUACGAGAAGAAGGAUGCCGAGGGCCAGGAGGGAGCUCAGGCCAGCGCAUAA